AUGUCUUCGGUGAAGAUGGACGUUGAGAAAUAUCUGGAGCGAAUUGGCUUUGUGGGCCCCACUGAGCCCAGCCUGGAGGUCCUGAGGUCCGUGCACAUGAGGCACCUGAUGUCAGUGCCUUUUGAGAACUUGACAAUUCACAGCGGCGGACAGGUGGAAAUAGAAUUUCCCAUGCUGUACAAUAAGAUCGUGAACCAGCAGCGAGGUGGGUUCUGUUGUGAGAAUAAUGGUCUGUUCUACUGGCUGCUGUCCGCUCUGGGCUUCAGGGUCACGCUGCUCUCUGCUCAGGUCAAGAAUUUGGUCAUGGGUCUCUACGGGCCACCUUUUGACCACAUGGUCUUAAUGGUAACACUCGAGGGCCAGCACUGGCUGUGUGAUGUCGGGUUUGGCUCAGGGUACAUCCUCCCGGUCUCACUGGACACCAGUGGGCCCCAGGAGCAGGGCCACAAGGCGUACCGCAUCAGGAAGGACGGGGACAUGCACUUCUUGGAGUGUCAGAGGGACGAAAACAGAAGUUCAGGUGAAGACUGGGCCCAGCUGUACAAGUUCACGCUGGAACCUCGCCAUCUGCAGGAUUUUAAGGAGAUGAGUCAGUACCACCAGAGUUCACCGUGUUCCAUCAUCUUCUGUAAGUCCCUGAGCAUCAUUCAGACACCGAGCGGAAGGCUGUCUUAUAUCGGCCGUAAUCUGACCACCAUCAAGUUUCCCACAGAGGACAACGAGAGCGUGGUGAAAACCACCAGGGAGCUGAAAGACGAGGAGAUUCCUGCUGUUCUGGAAGAAAAAUUUGGGAUUGUUCUGAAGUCUCCACUGACACCAAAGGAUGAGGAAAUCACACCACCUCCAGUGAUAUACUGAGGACAAUCCACGAUGAACUUUGGUCCAACACGGCUCCUCGCUGAGUGAAGGAACAACCAUCAGAGUGAACAUUUACUGAUUAUUUUCUGUCCCUUCCAUUAGUGCAGUAGAUAACAGAAUAUUUACAGAGGAAUCCUGCAAAUGGUGAUGCAAGCACCAAAUUCGGCACAAACACUCCUUCGACAUUACUGUUUUGAGAAAACAAACUGGCCACUUGAAUUUUCAUGAGGUGGCCAGGUAGAGGUCAGUUAAACAAUU